AGGGAAGCGACAGCGACCGAAGUAUUUGUUGAUGUGCCCCGCCGACGUGAGCUGUAUUGUGAUCAGAGUAUAAUUCGUUAGUAUAAACAACCAAGUACUUACUUACAUGGACGUUAUUGAUAUGCGUGAGUAAGUGUCAUGGCGCUCUCUAUUUUUCAACAUUUCAUAGUGCUAGAGUUAGUCUUCGUGUCUUGAGUUGUGGUACAUUUUCAAAGUGUUAGAAAAUUGCACGAGCGCGCCAACAAUACGAGUUUAUUCUAGAAGUUAGUUCUCAGUCAUAUUCCGAUUCGUCUCCAUUGCAACAUACGUUGUAUGUUUAUGCGCUAUAAUUCUUCUUGCAACUAAUUGUGAUAAUUUUUCUGGAAAUUCAUUUUUUUCAAACACCAUAAUGACGUCCCCGCACGCCUCCAUCUCGAUGAGACCUUCCCGCGCUUCAGUCCUUAAGCCCGCACGCAUUUCUUUCUCGACGACGUUUGACAGGUUGAUGCCGCUUCCCUCAGUAAAAAUGAUACGACCUCCCACCUCUACAAUACGAAUACCACUCAGAACGGCGGCGCUUCUUCGAAUACGGUACUAAUGUGCAGCACCUCCGCUAGAAGCGCUUUCUUUUGUUUGCUGCCUUAUCUCCCUCGUGCCCAUUCCUCCGGCGGCGGCGACCUACCCCAGCACUCCCAUAGUUUCAUCGCUACGUAUAAUUUUUCUGCUGUCGGCGGUGGAUCAACAUAAUGUAUGCCUCUUACCGGGUGCUGGGACUGCAAAGCGGCGUGAGCUAUGAGGAUGCCAAGCGCAAGUACCGCAAAUUGUGCCUGCAAAAGCACCCGGACAAGCCCUCAGGGAACAAAGAGGAGUUCGUCAAGAUUAACGAGGCCUGGAAUUUCCUCCAGGAAAAUGUCUGGAACAAACAGCCGGGGGCAGCGGGUGGUGGUACUACACUAGAAGAUUUUUACUUACUGUGUGAUUAUAGAUAGCACUUGCACUUGGCGUUGGCGCCAUCAAAGACUUCUUGCUCAUCUUAAUGCUUUUGUUGCCAAUCAUCUGACACACAAGUUUUGGCCUCGAUAACAAGGAAACGCAAUCUAUCAUGUCGCCGUGGUCGUGUAAUAUUGGAGCAGAAUCAGUUUGGCAGCUGCUUCCUUCGUAGCUUUUGUGCUUUGCAGAAGCCGGGUUGCAUUUGUGCGACGCGGUUAGUACUUGUUAGGUGGUUGUACAGAAUGACGAAACAGAAAAGCAUGACCACCUAAUCCUUUCUACUAUUCGUCUCGUAUAUUCUAAACGAGUUGAAUAUGAAGAAUUAACAAUGAUUAAAACCACCACAGGCGCCGCUUCCAGCAGCAGUCGCGCCGCUGGCCCUCCCUCCCGUAACCGCGGGCCGAUGUUUCGAGGGAACGCGACGCCGGGCAGCACUGCGGGGUUUUUCACCAACCCCAAUGGCAGUAGUCGGCGCGGCGCCGGGGCCGCGGGCCAACAAAAUGCAACGAACAAAAACAUGGAGGAGGACAUUAAGAACAUGUUUUCGGGCAUCAAUCCGGACUUCUUCCAGAACUUUGCCGGUAGUGGGAGUCCCGGAGGGAGUACCUCGUCCAGUCGCGGUGACUACCCUUCCGACGAAGAUGUAGACCCGGGGGAGCCCACCGACGACGAGGAGCUCGAGCGCCGCGAGGACGACAAAUGGCGAUCGGCGAAGAGGGACGGAAGCGGAGACUAUAAUUUUAAUUACAACCACACUUCUGGAAGUGCAGGAGCUGGUGCGUCUGCUUCCUCUUCUUUCCACCACCACUCCCGCCGACCGAACGAGGAGGAUUGGCUCCGAUCGGAACAGCGAAAAUCCGAAAUCGCGGACGAAAACCGGGACUUCAAUGACGGGAAAUAUUUAACAGCGCCGGAGAUCCCCACGAAGGACCGGAUCACGCAGUUCAUGCGAGAACUGUUUCUGACCUGGCACAACCCCUCCAUGCUGCGCAAAAAGGUGAACACGUUUCCGAACGAAGUGCUGCAACAAAUCGACUGGGACAUCCAGCUGGGCAUCGAGAACCGGGGGGUGCUUUGGCGGGAUCAGAUGUUCAUCGAAACCGCGGCGCCGAAAGAGAAGUCGGAGAAGUUGUUAGAGAUUAUCGAGCAGCGCGAACUUCUGGUAGUGGGGCAAGAGCUGCGGCGGUGCGAGAUUUUGCUGGAAGAAGUAGACAAAAAACUGGACAACCGGGAGAUGAAAAAUGAUGUAGUAAGCACGCUAGCAAUGUCAACAUCUUCGAAGAACAAGGUCCGCCAUUUAAAACGGUUAAAGGAACACCUGUUGGAGCAGCAAGAGGAGCUAGCAACCGAGAAGGAAGCCCUGGACUACUUGCAAUUUGUGGUGGCCAAGGUGGUAUCAAAUGUAAAAAUGUCUGGGUCUGGAAGAAUGCUGCAACUUGUCAUGCUAAAUCUGCAGCAUGCAAAAAUCUGUGUUGCAUGAUUACCAAAAGUCGUCCAGUUUUGACCAAGUCCGAAGGGAGUUUCUCAUGCAGGAUAGGCAUGAGAGAGAUCGCACAGAAUCUGUCAUGCUAGGUCCUGCAUUCCAAGCCUCAUGGGUCAUGGAAAAGCUGCGUGACAAGUCGCGCAUUCUUCCAGACCCAGACACUUUUGCACUUGAUAGGUGGCAAAGUUCUACUCCGACCGCGCGGACAAGUUCAACGAACUGGCUGCGGACUCGGCGCGAGUCGAGAAAAUCAACCCGCACAACCCGAAUCGGCACGCCUGCAACGCUUUUUUUGAGGAGGAGAAGCAACUGUUCGCGGGGAUCAUUGAGAAAAAUCCGGGCUACCUGCCGGAAUACAUGUUGGACCCCGCUUUUUACCACGACUUGAGCCCCGCCUCGCCGACGAGUGGCGACGAGGCGGCGUUUCCGAACGACAAGAUGGCACAGCACCAGAAAGCUGGUACUAAUUCUGGAGAAAAUGUUCAUGGGGACCACGAUGACAGCGAGGACUUGGUUUUCCCAGGAGGAAGUAGUACAGGUGGAAAGAACAGCAAGGAAAAGAAGAUCAAGAGCCACAAAAAUAAAAAACGAAAGCGUAAAAGUAAGGAAGGACAAGAACGGAGGCGCCGGUUGUCGAGCGAUGUGGAAAUGAAAUCAGACGACAGCGAUGGUUUCAGUACAUCUUCCUCCUCUGAUGGAGAUGCUGAAUCUUCUUCUUCCAGCGACGCAGAGGAGCACGGUGACGACAAGAAGAUGAGCAGCAGUAAAAAGAAGAUAAAAAGGGGCGAAGCUGCUGCUGCUGCUGUUGUUGAGGAUGUGUCUCGGUCUCCGACGUCAAAUAAAAGUGGUGAAGACAACUACGAACAAGAAGAUGUUGAUGAGAAGAUCGACAUGACGCAAUUCCACAAAAAAAAACCGCACGCCGUGAAUGCGUACGAUAACCCAGAAAAAAUAAACCGGGACAAAUCUUCUCCGAAAUCUAGCGAAGGUGAUCAACACCCCCCUGCCAAGGUCCCCUCGCGCUCCCUCUCGACGCGAAUACACCCCCCCGGGUGGACACCACCUCCUGGAGCUGCAGCAAAGUCGUCGACAAUUCCAUCGGGUCAUCAGCAAGGGAAUUCUUCUUCUGCUUCUUCCUUUCUGAAGAAGCCCAGGCUCACGCCCGCGAAGGCGCAGCCGGAGCCGCGGUUUGGUCCUGCAGGUGCAACCUUAAUAAAGGGAACCGAAAACAACAACAAGCCGGAUGGCCACCAGCUAAGCAGUGUCGGAAAGGAGUACUUGGAAAAGGCGCGAAGUGCGCUGGACAUUUUCAGUGGAAACGACGAAAGCAGCAGUAGCAGCAGUGACUCGGAGGCAGACAGCGUGAAAUUGAGUGAAAAUAAUGUUGACCAGGAUCGAAAAAGAAGUGGCUCUGUUCCAUCUGAAAGUAUUGCUGGGCAACACAAUCACAAAGUCAAUGUUCUUGACAAAGCGCGGCCGCAGUCGCAGAAGCAGAACGACGCGGGUUUUUAUGACGAGGACCUCCUCAGUUUAUCGGCCGAAACUUCUUCCUCCUCUGAACCCGACACCUCCGACAGCGAAGUGUUGCAGGCGCGCCGCGCAGCCAAGGCGUUGACUAAUUUGACCAAACGACGCCUCGUCGAAGGGAACAAAGAGGACCUGCUUGGCGCCGCCGGGACGUCGACAAUAAAACCACAAGGUCGAGUUGUAUCAGGGCAAGCACCUCCGCAUCAGGAGCAACAGCACAAGAACGACAUGAUCGAGGGUAAAGGCAACAGCGUCGCCAGUUCAUCAUCACCAAGAUCUUCAUCUUCCCUUGGGCCGCUCCGGGGGAAUACAGGGACACCAGUGAGAAGAAAGCCACCUCCCCAACUGUACCCGAUCAAGGGGAAGGACAUCAAGGGGCAGUAUCCUGUGCAAAAGUAUCGUACUCGUACUCAUUGCAAAUAUGCAUGACAAAUCUCCUUCCUAAGGCAAAACAGCACUACAAAUUCCAGCUUUCUUCUUGCCAAAGUUUGUGAUGCAAUUUAUAGUAGUGCGAUACUUUUGCAAUGCAUACGCAGCAAGGGGGAGCAAAGGGCGGUGGGACGAGUGGAAGUCCGAUUUUGAACAAACCAGUAGGAGGUGAUAGUACUCAUGCCACUGGAAGCCUGCUCGUUGGAAAGGCCGAAAAUAUUAAAUCCUCGUCUUCAAGCAGUGGUAGUUCGUCCAGCAGCUCCAUAAAUGGGUAUAAGGGACAGGGAAAAACCGGCAAGAAAAGCAGCGAAGAAAACUACCGAGCCGGCCCACCUAUGCCCGCUGCGUCUUCAGCAUCAGCAGGAGCAGCAAGUGCGCCACGGUCCGCGUCAAAAGAAGAACUCAACGAGCGAAGUGCAAUAAAUAAGCAUAAGGGCUCAUCUUCUAUAUCUUCAAACUACAGAAGUAACAAGCGUCCUGCGGGUGCUGUGGACCAGCACCUCCUGACUACCGCAGCAGCGGACCCAAGAACUACCUCCUCCACACGAGUACAUCACGACGACCAAAGAACCCAUGGCUCCGAAGAUGUCGAUGACGCUGCCAAGCGGCGGCGCGGCAUCGAGGAAGACAUGCGGCGCGCGUUCCAGGCCGAGGCUGCGGUGAAGCGGGAAAACGAGAAAAAGAUCGGGAAGUUGGAGGCCGACAGUCGGAAAAUAGGGGAUACAUUUUUCCAAAGUGAAAAGCACAAGAACCUUCUGGAAACUGAUGUGAAAUACAAGCAGGGCUACGACUUGACGGAGGAAUUGCAAUCACUCGGCACCAGAAACCGCGACGCAAAGUUGCUCCGGGCUGAGGAACGGGAUCUGCUGAAUUAUUUCCACGAGAAGAGCGGUGGCCGCGGGCUUGCGGUGGUAAAGUCCUCCUCGUCGAAGAGGCCUGCGGGAGGGGAUGAACAAGGGAUAGGGAACAAGUCGGGAACGACAAAUGAUAAGAGCGGCGAAGCAGGGCCGAAGAUGAAAAUGAAUACCAGUAGUACGGCCGCCGGUGAUGAAGCUGCUCCUGCUGACAUGGUAAAGAAAUCACCCAGCGUCGAAGUUGUUGAGAACAACGGAACAAAAAGACCACGCACUGCUACGACAAAUAGAACCGGUGCUAGUAGCUCGGACAUGGUUUUCGUUGUGGAUGACGUUGCUGGCGUGGUGCAUGAGACGAAAUCGAAAAGCAAGGCGAAAAUAACCCGGAGUGUCAGUAAGGAAAAAGCCCGCCCUGCAGUUGUGCCUUUGACCACUGCAUCUUCUUCAUCCUCAUCAGCUCCGCCAGCCAGUAUGUUGAAAGCGACGGCAGCAGCUGCACGUGAAGCUGCAACUGGCGCAGGCGCUCGCGCAGCCUCGUCGAGUAGUAGCGGUGCACCGCGAGCCCCAGCAGCAGCCACAGUAUCCAAAAGCAAGAAGACAGAACAAGAACGCUCCUCGUCGGGAAUAAAUCAAGCCAAGAGCAGUUCUCGUGGGCAAAAGAAACCUGCUGAUGCACCUGGUAAUCAUUCGGAAGACGAGGAUGAUAUCGAUCGGCUUCUGCUAAGCGGCGACACAGACUCCUCGUCGGAAGAGGAUAACAACUCUGAUGAGAAAGACAACUCUGCUGGCGGACGAGAAAGUGAUGGUCUUACGUCGGAUUCUGAAAUCGACAACAUUGCAGCGACAGGAAGAGCAGAUACAUAGAUCAUGACGUCGCACCUUCUUAAAAAUAAUGUCAGAGUUGCGACGACGUGUGAUCCUGAUCAACAUAACUACCAGCGAAAUUUCAGCCGAAUUUUCAUGAUGAAAGCGAUUUGCUUGGGCAAUGCCGAAAGGUGAGUCGUCGUGGUGGUCUUGAGGCCCCGCCCGACCACAGGCACACAUGCUCGUUCUCGUUGGAAAUGCAAAAAUAAGAAAAGUUU